CGGGGAACCGAGAGGACCCGGAGCUGGGCCUCGCGGGCCGCGCUGUCCCGAGCGGCGGCGCAGGGAGUGUUGAAUCUUCUGCUCUUCGUGGAAAUCUUGACAGUUUUGAAUAUUCCUGUUAACCUGCUUUCCAUACCAACCUUGAUAUUUUGCUUCUUACCUUAAGCUGUUGUUCGCGCAGGAGGAUACUUUGCGGGGAAAGGUCUUGCUUGGAACCUGGGUUGCCACAACGCUGGAGAUCAAACUCGGUUGAAUAUUUAAAACACACUAAUUAUUGUUUACUGCUUCCCUGCCAACAGUGUGGUCUGUCGGUUGGUUUUCUCUAUUCGAGGAGGAUAUAAUUGUGGACUGAGCUCACUUCUGCAAUUAGUUCUGGCACUGUAUAAUGGCAAUUGAAGGAAUUUUGAAAGAUGUCUAACGUUUAGUGGCUACGUCUGUCUUCUGUCUUCUCACCCUUAAAAGAAGAGUAAAUGGGAUGUUUCAGAAGGGAGCUCCAUAAAAAGAGUGUUGCAAAUGGCUUCAGAGUCCACCAAUGGGAAACAAGCUAGGAGUCACGUGACAAAGGGGCGGCGGCAGCCCCCGCACCAGCCCCCGCACCAGCCAGCCAGGAGCAGGUCUUCUGUCAGCGAGUGUGAUGGCGAAGACUCCUUCAUCUUUGAAGCCAAUGAAGCAUGGAAAGACUUCCAUAGUUCUCUCCUUCGGUUCUAUGAGAAUGGGGAACUCUGCGAUGUCACACUGAAGGUUGGCUCAAAGCUGAUCUCCUGUCACAAACUGGUGCUAGCUUGUGUGAUUCCCUACUUCAGAGCCAUGUUUCUUUCUGAAAUGGCUGAAGCCAAGCAGGCGCUGAUUGAGAUUCGAGACUUUGAUGGUGAUGCCGUGGAAGACUUGGUGAAAUUCGUCUACUCUUCACGGCUCACGUUGACAGUAGACAACGUCCAGCCUCUCCUGUAUGCAGCCUGUAUCCUGCAGGUGGAACUGGUGGCCAGGGCUUGCUGUGAAUACAUGAAGUUACAUUUUCAUCCCUCCAAUUGCCUGGCAGUACGAGCCUUUGCGGAGAGUCACAACCGAAUAGACCUGAUGGACAUGGCGGACCAGUAUGCCUGCGAGCAUUUUACUGAAGUGGUGGAGUGUGAAGACUUCGUAAGUGUGUCACCCCAGCACCUCCACAAGCUUCUGUCCUCCAGCGAUCUCAACAUCGACAGUGAAAAGCAGGUCUACAGUGCUGCUAUCAAGUGGCUUCUUGCCAAUCCCCAGCAUCACUCUAAAUGGCUGGAUGAGACACUUGCACAGGUUCGUCUGCCAUUAUUGCCAGUUGAUUUUCUUAUGGGUGUUGUGGCAAAAGAACAGAUUGUCAAACAAAACCUAAAAUGUAGAGAUCUAUUGGAUGAAGCAAGGAACUAUCACCUUCAUUUGAGCAGCAAACCAGUCCCUGACUUUGAGUACACAGUCCGCACUACCCCAAGGAAGCAUACAGCUGGCGUGCUGUUCUGUGUAGGUGGUCGAGGUGGAUCUGGUGACCCCUUUCGUAGUAUUGAAUGCUAUUCUAUCAACAAAAACAGUUGGUUCUUUGGACCAGAAAUGAAUAGCCGAAGGCGGCAUGUGGGUGUGAUCUCUGUGGAAGGUAAAGUGUAUGCAGUGGGUGGACAUGAUGGGAAUGAGCAUUUAGGUAGCAUGGAGAUGUUUGAUCCUCUCACUAAUAAAUGGAUGAUGAAGGCGUCAAUGAACACCAAGAGGAGAGGAAUUGCUUUGGCCUCCUUAGGGGGCCCAAUAUAUGCAAUUGGAGGGUUGGAUGACAAUACUUGCUUUAGUGACGUGGAGAGAUACGACAUCGAAUCUGACCAGUGGAGUACAGUGGCACCAAUGAACACUCCCCGUGGAGGCGUUGGCUCUGUGGCUUUAGUGAACCAUGUUUAUGCAGUGGGUGGCAAUGAUGGAGUGGCCUCCUUAUCCAGUGUGGAGAGGUACCAUCCACAUCUGGACAAGUGGAUAGAGGUCAAGGAAAUGGGUCAGCGAAGAGCAGGCAAUGGUGUUAGUGAACUUCACGGCUGCUUAUAUGUUGUUGGUGGUUUUGAUGAUAACUCCCCUCUGAGUUCAGUUGAACGGUAUGACCCCCGAAGCAACAAGUGGGAUUAUGUGGCAGCACUCACGACUCCCCGGGGAGGAGUAGGCAUCGCAACCGUGAUGGGCAAAAUCUUUGCAGUUGGCGGUCACAACGGCAAUGCAUACCUAAACACAGUGGAGGCAUUUGAUCCAGUGCUGAAUAAGUGGGAGCUGGUCGGACCUGUGUCCCACUGCAGGGCUGGUGCCGGCGUAGCCGUGUGUGACUGUUUAACCAGCCAGAUCCGAGAUGUAGGUCACGGGUCCACUAAUGUGGUGGACUGUAUGUGACGUGAGUCCCAGCAGCAACUGUGCAACCACACGGGAUGCUCGGGAAGACAGCCAGCAUUUGAUACGGCCCCUCUGAUUUGAACGUCGGCAGCUGUGGUGUGGGUACACCUGGUGGACCCAUGGCUGGACAGUGGUGGUCACAAAGUGAUGUUUCCUGCUCUAGCACAUAAUGAGGCCAUCUACCUUUGAACCCAUUCUUGUUCUGAAGACGUUUCAUGUAGUGCCAAACCUUAAAAUAGCUGUUUAUUUUGAUGAAUAAAAUUUAAUUUAUUGA